AUGACAUCGUGUUGCAAAUGCUGCGGAUUCCCGGCCUGGGUCAUUCUCGCAGCGCAAAACCCGAUCUGGAAUAGUCAUGGACCUUCCCAAAGCGUUAUUUUGUCCCAAGCCGCCAAUCCUUGUUCCAUGAGGACGAACUACUGCAUCGACUACAAGAAUCCGAAGGCCUACUAUACCAGCCCUUACAUUCAUUCUGUGACACUGACCAACCUUCGGGGGGCCACGGACUACAAUUUUCAACCCGAGGGUAGCUCUCGGAGGUUUUCUUUCCGGACUCCACCGGACGUUGGUACGCUGGGCCCCUACAAGUUGGGAGUUUGGGCAGACGUUGGUGUAACGAAUGUGAGCUUUUCCGUUAUGACGAAGAUGUUGCAGUUGGAUCCGGACCUCCUGCUCACUGUGGGCGACCUCUCCUAUGCAGAUGGUUGGGCGGAGCGCUGGGAUAUCUUCGGCGUGAUGAUGGAGCCGCUGAUGUCUAGCCGCUAUCAUCUUGCUGUGCCGGGUAACCAUGAGAUCAUUCAGAACAACGGCAUCGACCUCAUCCAUCGUUAUCCGAUGCCUUUCCGGGAGUCUGGCUCAGAGAGCCCGUUCAUGUUUGCCCAUGAGAGCGGACCUGUGUUUGUGAUUGGAAUGGCAGGUAGCUAUUCCGAGACAGAUGCAGGGUCGGCGCAGUGGGUUUUCGUGGAGGAGAAGCUGCGACAAGUGAAUCGAGCACGUACCCCCUGGGUCAUCGUCAUGUUCCACACCCCUUGGUACAACAGCAACAACGCCCACUAUCUUGAGGGGAUCAAGCAUCAGUGGGACAUGGAGCAAAUGCUGUACAAUCAUGGGGUUGACAUCGUUUUCAACGGCCACGUCCAUAGCUACGAGCGUUCGCACCCCGUCUUCAACUUCUCCAAGGACGAGUGUGGCAUCACCCACAUU